GAGAGUACUUCAUACUGAUGCGCCUAAAAUUCGGCUAGCUAAAUCCCUUGCUGCGCUAUAAUUUCACACAAGAGGGCGACAGAAAAUAUAGUUUUUUGUUGGGAUAUUUUACUACCAAAUAUAUAUUUUUCGACAAAGAAUACGAGUGCAAAUAGGUUACAACCUCUGUCUUGCCAGCCCCAAUACUCAUGCAUUGCUGCAAGCUAACUGGCUACCAGUAGCUUCGACUUGAGGGAUUGUUCCUUAACGUGGCUGAAAAACAAAUCGCUUCCCUCUUUUGAAGAGGAAGAAGCGGACGCGGAUGCUGCAUAGCUUGUUCUGUAUUUCAUUUGUCUGGGGGCUGGUUUAUUUAUUCUGCCAACGGAGCUUCUCUGAAUCAGGCUACUCCAUCUACUUGUAAAUUAUUUUGAUAUUAGGACGACAGCGGCGGGUGUCGGAGAGGCAGCACAGAGGAAGAGAGUGAGAAUGAUGACUGGUAAAUCGGUGAAAGACAUUGACAGAUAUCAAACUGUCCUUACCUCGCUACUAUCACUCGAGGAAAACAAAUUCUGCGCUGAUUGUGACUCCAAAGGUCCUAGAUGGGCGUCAUGGAACCUGGGUAUAUUCAUCUGUAUCCGCUGUGCUGGGAUCCACAGGAACCUGGGUGUCCACAUCUCCAGGGUCAAGUCUGUCAACCUGGACCAAUGGACACAGGAACAGAUAGAGUGUGUUCAGGAGAUGGGGAAUGCCAAGGCCAGACGACUCUAUGAAGCUUUCCUACCAGAGUGUUUCAUAAGACCAGAGACUGACCAGUCAGCAGAGAUGUUUAUCCGGGACAAAUAUGAUAAGAAGAAGUACAUGGACAAGGUCCUAGACGUCAACAGGCUUAGAAAAGAGAAGACCUGUGAAAACAUCCCCAAGGAGCCAGUAGUGUUUGAGAAGAUGAAGUUGAAGAGAGAAAACAGCCCAAAGACACAGUCUCCGUCUGUCUCAGACCUCCUAGGACUUGAUGCUCCUGCUCCCCCUGCUGCUGUAUGUAAUGGUAGAUCCAGCCCUGGAGAGAGGGGGUGUCCUGCGGUGGUUAACCCAGCUACGGUGCACUCUGGCCGGGAUCUAUUUAGCUCUCUGCCUGCCUCCUCCUUAGCCACCUCCACCAAGACCACGCCGGUGGGUAGCUCCAUGCCCAGGGGUUGUGAGGCCUCGUCGGUACCCGAGAUCCUCAGCCUGUUCCUGGACUCGGCACCCAGACAGGAGGGCUCUAGGAGAAAGAUGUCCAAGGACUCCAUCCUCUCCCUCUACGCCACCCCACCCACGUCGCACCAGAACCUAGCUGCACGCGCUGGCCUGUACAUGAACCCUGCCCAGCUGGGCUACUACGGAUCGUACCAUUCCCUGGCCACACAGGGGGGAGCGAUGGGAGGAGGCAUGGUGACAUCACACUCCAUGAUGGCCCUGAGUGGUCAGCAGCAGAACGGCAUGAUGGGAGGACAGCAAAGCAUUAUGGGAGCUCAGCAGAACGGAAUGGUACUAGCGCAGCAGAACGGCUUUAUGGCUCAACAGGGUGUCAUUGGGCAAGCGGUCAACACAUCCCCGUUCAUGGCAGGAGUGCCCCACAGCAUGAUGGCUCAGCAGCAAGGCAUGGUGGGAGCUCAGCAGAACGGCAUGGUGGGAGCUCAGCAGAACAGCAUGAUGGGAGCUCAGCAGAACGGCAUGUUGGGAGCUCAGCAGAACGGCAUGAUGGGAGCUCAGCAGAACGGCAUGAUGGGAGCUCAGCAGAACGGCAUGAUGGGAGGAGUGGUGGCCGUGCCUCAGCAGGUGUACGGAGUACAGCAGGGUCAGCAGCACCAGGUGACCCAGCACAUGGCGGGAGUGAACUUCUACGGAGCCAAUGGCAUGAUGGGAUACGGCGGUCAGCACAUGGGAGGACCAACGACUCAAAGCUCCACCCACAUGAUGACGUCACACGUCUGGAAGUGAUGUCAUUAUCUGAAGAGGAAGUGAAGUUGAUGUCACUGAGCAGCAGUGGGGCUUGGAAGGUUUAAUAAACUCUCCAUCAGACAUUUUAGAUAACAGGGUAGGAGGAGGAGGGUGGGGAAGUUUAUAUAGGAGCUAUUUCUAGCUCUCCUCCUCUCCUCUCCUC